UAUAUCGAAUUACAUUAGAUGAACGCGACGCGAAAUUGGAACCGAAAGUAGUGUACGUUCAACGGUAAUUACUAGACAUGCGCAGUGUAACAGUAGCUCUUUCUAAACCGAAAGUAGUCGUGCUGGCAUUUUGUUUUAUACAACAUUUCUGUGGUCGGAAUCAAGGAUUGGGACUACGUCAAAAGGUUUCAAAUAUAGUUACAGUGUCUAUAUAAAAUGCUGCAGAAUAGAUUCGUCAGAUUAUUGUUUGUGGUACUUGCAGUCCAAGGGUUGCUGAUCAUAGGUAUUUUAAGCAAAAAACACUCCCGCAAAAACACUGAGAAUGAAACCAAAUUUGAUAUAAAAUCGAAGCCAGGACAGUACACUUGUCCGUGUGGAAAAUCCUUCAAAACACAAGAUAGCCUUGCUCAACAUAUGUCAGCCACUGGACAUGAUAAGAAAUAUAACAUAAAUGUCAAAGACGAUCCUGUUGUAAGAGAGAAUCAUCAAAAAAACAGAUACAAAGCGACCAAAAGUGCAAAGGUCAAAUAGUAUCGACAGAGACGAGAAGGUUGAUUCAACGAAGGCCCGAAGGAGAUCUAUUGAUGAAAUAGAAAAGGAGAACAUAGCAAUUGAUAAAGAAGAGAAAAGAAAUGCGAAUGCCGAAUACUCAUACCACAUGCGCAAAAUUGUAGACCACAUUCGUACCCAGAAGAAUGGAAAGAUAUACUCUGCAGAUUUUCGUAAAGCUGGGAGUUACUCCGUUAAAACCAAAGUUGGAAAUGCUGAUGAGUUUGAUACGAAUUUGGUACUGACGAUCGAUGUAGAAGAAGUGCUUACUGAACGAACAUUGACAUACAUUUAUGCUGAUAAGAAAACAUUCGACGACAAGCGGUCGUUGCCGCGGCAAAUGGAACAUGACCGUCAACUUAAAGAUAUUGAAGAAAGGCGAAUUCCUCAUGGGCAAGCCGUAGUUAAAGUUAAGGACCCGUCGGUGCUACCACAUCUAACAUACAAGUCCGACCUAAUACCCCAUAAAGUACUACAAGAUCUAUAUAAUAAAGUGAAAACAGCUAUUCGUCAUCUCAAACUAUCAGACGUAAAACUGUCUCCUACGGCACAAGGACCUGCAUUGACUAUCACAAUUAAACAAAAAAACUACAAAGACAUCAGUGUGGACCUUGUACCAUCACUGCCCUGCUCUCUGCCAGUAACAAUGAAUGGCUGGCCGAGGAAGGAUACAAGACGUGCAUUCGGUAAGAAAAUCAAUGCAAUCGAGAAGGCGGGUCUCCAUUUGGUGCCUAAAGGAGAUGAAACUUGGGCAAUUUCUUAUUCCAAAGCUGAGCGAGAACUUCUGGAUGGCAUUGAUGACCGGAAUGAGUGUAGAAGAGAAGUCAUGAAAAUAAUGAAACAGUUUCUGGAAACGUGUAAGGAGGAAUCGUCAAAUGGACUACCAGGGUUGUCUUCGCAUAUUGUCAAGACACAAAUAUUGUGGUCAAGUGAGAGGAAACUAGCGCCUGGAUACUGGUCACAGAAAUACAAGGACAGAUGCCUUCUUGAGACAAUCGAUGAUAUGGUGUUGUCGUUAGAAUCAGGAAACUUACCAGAAUAUUUUGACGAGAAUAUAAAUAUUCUUGCUCGCAAAGAACAGUUUGAGCUGCAGUAUUUUGCACAGUGCUUGAAGAAACAAAAAUCAGACAUUAAAAAUGUAGGUAAAAUAAAGGAUGAACUGUAGCACUUUGCACUUUUUAUUUUCUAGUCUUCAACCCGGGCUAUGUUAUUAGACGAUUAUAAGACUGCUGAUGGUAUUCAUUCAUUCCUUCGUUUGGCUAUAAGUGUUACUUCGUGAGUAUCUACCUUCGGAUCACUUGUUGACCAUCACUGUGAGUUCCAGCCUAUAAACAGCGGAUGGUUUCGUUCAUAUGAAACUGAAACGAUAUUCAGAUAGCUCUUUUGCCUUUCGUUCACCACAAAUACAUGUAUAUAGUGUAUGCCGUUCAUUAUAUUAGCUGCGUUUCCUGAAUAAAAAAACUUACUUCUUGGAAUCCAGAAAA